CGCUCAAGUCAAGUCAAUGGCCCUCCCUCUAAUUAUUUCAUUACUCUCAAAACACACUGGCUUCUCUGCUCACUCCUGCUUCUUCUAAUAUCAAAUUUUCCAGUUCAAAACACACUGACUUAACACAUAGCUCUUUAUUACUUGUUACUAUCUUUUGCUUACUGUUGUUGUUGGGGUUCUUUGUUUCGUUAUUUAUAGUUUCUUUGCUUUAACGAAAGUUGAAGUUUACGAGAGAUAACAAGCAUGACAUCUUCUGGAAGAUUAGAGGUACCGGUGGGAUAUAGAUUCCACCCAACCGAUGAAGAAUUGGUCAACCACUAUCUGAGGUUCAAAAUGCAAGGCGACAAGGAAAACGAAGUCCGAGCCAUCGGUGAAGUUAAUAUCUGCAAAUACGAGCCUUGGGAUUUACCCAGGUUAUCAGAGAUCAAGACAGAGGACCAUGAAUGGUUCUUCUUUUGUGCCCGGGAAAUCAAGUCCUUUAGCGGUAGCCGAUCCCGUGCGAACAGGGCGACCAAGAGAGGCUACUGGAAAUCCACCGGGAGGGAUAGGAAUAUCAGGGUUAAAGGAACCAACAAUGUGAUUGGUACAAAGAAGACUUUGGUGUUCCAUGAAGGUCGCGUUCCAAAUGGGCGCAGGACCUCUUGGGUUAUACAUGAGUAUCAGCCAGCUACCUUUCUUCCUUACCAGAAAGCUUUUGUCCUCUGCCGCUUAUUUAAAAAACCAGAUGUGAGGACUAAUGAGGCUCCCUGUGAUGAUGGUGAUGUAAGCAGCUAUGCUGCUUCUGAUUUUGAAGGUCAGGUGCCAGGGCAUACAAUUCCAGAGAAUUACGAAUUCAAUCAGGUAGAUGCAGGCCUGGCAUCAGUCCGUCAACAUCAGUGGCAGGAUUAUGACUUUGAUUUGGAUCAGCAAGAACCUCCAGAUCUGGAUUCCAUAAUUACUGAUGACUUUGAUUUUAAUUUUAGGCAAUAUAUGUCAGAUGAUAAUGAACAGGAAGAGUAUACCUUAGAAGCAGUCAGGCAAUCCAAUGAUUCCAGGGCACCAGAUUCACCGAUAACGAUAUACUAUGAUGGUGGACUAAGCAGUGAUUCAGACACUGACACAGCCCUAGCACCGCACCAGCGAAUGCAUAUGAUUAACAGUGGAACUGCAUCCUCGUCUAACCGUGGCCAAUACAAAGAAAAAAGAAAUGGUGUCGUGCUUGAUGAUUUCUUGGGACUUGAUUCUUCUUCUGUCGACUCAGCUGCAUAUAUCCCUUGUGUGCGCAGCACUCAAUCACAGGGUCUACGAUCCCCUCCAAGCAUAGGAGCCUUCGAUCUUCAAUAUCAACCAAGCGUCUGCCACUCUGAAGUACAGAGAGCUGCUCCUAGAAAAUUCCAACAGCAGAGUAGCAGUCUUAAAGUAGUAUCCCUUCAGAAGGCCAAAGAUGCUUCAAGGCUCAGUAUUACUACUAAUCUGCCCCAGAAAGAAAGAUCCAUUACGGAAUCUGACAAAGAGCAGAAAUUGGGUCAAGGCACCAAUGCAAAUAAUAGUCCUAAGUCGAAAAAGGUUAGGUCAGCGGGCAGUGAUCGGAAGGGUUCCCUCAUUUUCCAAGAGACAUCUCUACAAGGCCAUGAAUCUAGUCCGCCCUCAGUGUAUUUUGCCAAAUUUCUAAUAGGUAUAAUUUUGUUUGUGGUCUUUAUUCGGGAAAUGCUGCUAUAUGGGAACUGGUACUAAACUUCGUAAAAAAAAAAAAACACAGACAUUCCAGUCCUUCGGAGCUCACUUAUAAAUAAAUUGAUAGAAUAAGAUAAAAUCAUUGUCCAUUUCACCUAUAUAUUACAAUUCAGACGGGUUAUGUUUUGCUACAUUUCAUCACAAGAAGACACAUGCAGUGUCCAGAUGUAUGCAUAUAUCUCAUAGCAUGUGUAUAGUGUCACAGCGAUAAAUUUUUCAUUAUGUAAAUAAGGCUUGAUUUGUUGUCAACAUGUACUAAUGUCAUAUUUUUACUUGAGGUUUGAGGAUUUUGUGAACAUUAAUGUUGAAUGGAAAAUUUUAUAUAUGGUUUUUGUCA